AUGCGUUCCUCUACCUUUAUCAGCCUUGUGGUCGCGCUCUUUGCCUUCGUGGCCUUUGCGUUUCCUACAGCCCUUAAACCGGGCCUCAGAAUGCGCGCCCAAGCAGCCGAGCCCAUAAUCCCGUCCCAGUCCAUCUACUUGAUGAAUCUGGAGGAUAUCGAGCCCCUCGACCAGAACUUAUGA